CCGGUCAUCAUCUGAUCCAGUCGCAUCGAAGGGCCGGCGACGCUCUUAGGUAGCAGCGCCAGCGGCGGUUGCUUACAGGUUCUUCCUCUUCUUCUCAUUGUUCCGCGAUUCGGAUUGACCUUUGAAAUCUAUGAUGGAUUUGGGGAACUAGGUCUUCGUACCUAUACGGACUUCCAGCCGGCGGUUCCGCUUUUCUGUAUAGAUAUUAUCGAUCAAAUUUCCACCUUGAUCCUUUUCAAGUUUGUUUUGCUUUGGUUAUCGGUGCUUGGUUUCUCAGUAUUUAGAUCACAAUGGAAUCCGGAGCAGCCUUCGAGGACGAGCGGAUGCUGAACGAUAACUCUUGGCAACUGGGGGAAAUUGAUCCAAAACGAGCUCGCUUUCCUUGUUGUAUAGUUUGGACUCCUCUUCCUCUCAUCUCUUGGUUAAUUCCCUUCAUUGGUCAUAUCGGCAUCUGUAGAGAGGAUGGGGUGAUCCUGGACUUCGCUGGACCCAACUUUGUUAGCGUCGACAACUUUGCUUUUGGUGCAGUGGCACGCUACGUACCAGUUCACAGAGAUGAGUGUAAGAAGCUGACAGAGCCGGGUGGAGGAAUGACUUGGGAUGACGCACUCCGAAAAAGCACGCAAGAGUUUCAGCACCGAUCCUACAGCUUGUUUACCUGCAAUUGUCACUCUUUUGUUGCAAACAAUCUAAACAGAUUGAUGUACCGCGGACACGAAGGAUGGAAUGUGGUAAACAUAGCAGCUUUCAUUUUCUUGAAGGGCACUUGGGUGAGGAGAGCAUCACUACUGCAAACCUACAUACCUUUCCUACUAGUCUUUGGCAUUGGGGUGUUCCUGGGCACAACAAAGUUCUUGUUGGGUAUUUUGGCUUUCGCAGUUGUGCUUAUCGGCUGGUUCCUCGUGGGGACAUAUUGCUUCAAGAAUCUUAUCCAGUUGUAAGCUCGUGGUAUUUUUUUUGAACUGGAUAGUUUAGGUUCAAAUUGUUUUUGUUCUAUCACUUGUCCUUCAAGUGUUUGAAUCUUAUAUGUAUAUUUUUUUUACAUGAAUCUUGUCCGAAUUAAACUAAUCUUUUCAUCCCAGGUUAAAGAUGACAUUAUUGGUUGUUAA